UCAAGGUUCUUUGAUGGAUACGUAUCUGAAAGUGAAAUAGAUGAUUAUUCGGCAAAAUUAGUCGACUGUGGUAUUGCUUCAUUGAAAUCAGACAAAGAUAAAAUAUUUUGGCAAGUCAAAGAACCUUUAGCGAUAGAAGUUGUUAAAGCUGUCCUUUUUUCCCGGUACAACAAACCACUGAACCGCUGAUUGAGAAACUCUUAUAUGAAUUAUGGAAAUCUGCUUAUUAUAACGACAGCUCAAAUACAUCUAAAGGCAUCAUUUGGUCAUAGGAAGAUUAAUGGAUUUCAAUAAUAAAACGGUUUUUGAGUUUGUUAAUGAAAUUUAUGGUUACGAUCAACUAUAUCUGCCAAAUUGGACUAAAAAAGCAAUAAUCGAUAUUGAAUCAUAUGGAAAUGUACAAAUGUUUUCUCAACUUGAUGUUAAAUUGAAAGAUGAUGUGGAUGUUAUUAAGAGUCUUUUAUACGAAUCAAUAUUUUCAAAAUAUAUGCUUGUACCUGGACAUUUAGUACGUCCAGAUGGUAUUUAUAUUAGUAAGCUAAAUAUAGAUACUUACUGGACCUUACUCAUCAGUACGAAAAUGUACACCAGUAAAUUGUCAGGUAAAGGUGUUGAUGAUGACAAAAAUUCAACAGAUUGGAGUCUUCUGUAUCACAAGAAGAAUGGCGAAGUAACUUGUAAAAACCUAAAGGAAAGACUUGAUGAUGUGCGCCAAGAUUUUACCUGUCAAGGUUCAUUGCGAAUUCAUUUCAUUUUACCUGGUGUAGCUCAAGAACGUACUUCAAAUCAGUCAAGCCGAUCAAAUAGAGGUGGUUGCUUUACUGAAAAUAAUGAUGUCAUUAUGUAUAUUGACGAGAAAUUGUUAGAACGUUAUUUUAAAGGCAAUUCUUACAUAAAAUUUAAUGUAAUAUUCUAGAACUUCUUAUCCAAAAUAUCCUACUGCGAGAUAAUGUAAAACAAUGUAUAAUAGAAAAAAAAAAUAUAAAUCAAAAAAUGUGUAAGCGAAAUAAAUUUAUUAUAUUAAAUUGCAUGACCUGAUCAAAUUUUUAUUUAUUCAUACACGAGUUAAAAUUUGCCAGAAAAAUUUUUAUUCAUACAUGCAAAAAUAAUACUAGCCCAGAAUACAUGACAUCUACGCUAAUGUACACGAUUAUUUUUUCGAUCGAUAACCCUCUACCCUAGCCUUC